CUUCAGUGUUCCUCGUCCCUCCUCCAGGUUCUGGACGAGCGACGUCCGCAAGCAGCCGCGGUGAAACGGACGCUCCUCCGCGGCUCUUCUUCUCCUCCGCGGAACACAUUUCUGCCAAAUUGGAGUCGUCUUCCGCCGAGAUCGAGCGAAGAGGUGCAGCCGAUCCCGGGCCUCCAAUCCAGGGCGGGCGGAGGGAAGGAGGACGCUGGGCAUCGGGAUGGAGACCGCAGACGGUGCCGACGGGCCCGGCGGGCCGGACGCACCCGGGAUGCAGUUCGGCUGCGCCUCUUUCAACCAAGACUCCACAUCCCUGGCUCUGGGAACAAAGACUGGCUACAAGCUCUUCUCUCUGACCAUGGUGGAAAUGCUGGACUGUAUCCAUGAGAGUGUAGAGACUGCAGAUGUCUACAUCGUAGAGCGCCUGUUCUCCAGCAGCUUGGUGGUCGUAGUGAGCUCCGCCAUGCCGCAGCGCAUGAACAUCUACCACUUCAAGAAGGGGACGGAGAUCUGCAAUUACAGCUAUCCCAACAGCAUCCUGGCUGUCAAGCUCAACAGACAUAGGCUGGUAGUGUGCCUUGACGAGUCCAUUUAUAUACACAACAUCAAAGACAUGAAGCUGCUCAAGACACUGCUCAACACUCCGUCCAACCCCUCAGGUCUCUGUGCUCUUUCUAUCAACCAUUCCAACUCCUACCUGGCGUACCCCGGCAGUGCCACCAUUGGGGAGAUUGUAGUAUAUGAUGCCAACAAUUUGAACACCGUGACCAUGAUCCCGGCUCACGACAGUCCUCUGGCAGCGCUCACCUUCAACACCUCAGCCACCAAACUUGCCAGUGCCUCAGAGAGGGGCACCGUCAUCCGAGUGUUCUCCAUACCAGAGGGGCUGCGUCUCUUUGAGUUCCGCCGGGGCAUGAAGAGGUAUGUCAAUAUAAGCUCUUUAUCCUUCAGCCCUGAUGGUCAGUUCCUCUGUGCGUCCAGCAACACAGAGACGGUGCAUAUCUUUAAACUAGAGCAGUUGGGACCAAGUGGAGUGGACGAGGCUGGCACGUGGACGGCCUACGUGGGGAAGAUGUUCUCGGCAGCCAGCAGCUACCUCCCCGCUCAGGUAUCCGGCAUGAUGAGCCAGGACCGGGCCUUCGCCACCGUCCACCUGGUGACCUCGGGCCAGAGGAACAUCUGCACCCUAGCUAUGAUCCAGAAGCUUCCACGUCUACUGGUGGCUACAGCUGACGGCCAGCUGUUCGUCUACAACGUGGAUCCACUGGAUGGAGGCGAGUGCACGUUAGCCCACAAACACAGGCUUUUUGGCACUGAUGAUGACCAGGACGAAGUCGCAAAGACGGAAGGGUCAGAGGUCGCAGGCCCAGCGCAAACAUGUCCAUCCUAUGCUGCAACCGCUGCCUUACCCGCCUCUGGUCCCAUCACUGCAACUCUCACUGGAUACUCUGAAGAUGGCGGUGCAAAAAGAGGCGAAGUCAUUCCAGAACACGAGUUUGCUGCUGGACCUGUGUGUCUAGACGAUGAGAACGAGUUUCCUCCUAUUAACUGGUGCCGAGACGGGACGGGAGGUGGCCAGGCUCGGCCCUCGUGAGGGGUACCAGGACAGAUGGACUAACGACUGACAGACGCUGUGGGAUGAUCCUCAAAGAAACUGUAUUUCAGCGUGCCAAGGUUUUUUUUUCCUUCAGAAACAAUAAUAAUAUUAACAUUAACUUUUCAACUGAAGUUGACAAAAAUUUGACCAUGAAGUAGACGUCAUGUGGGAUCUAACCUAACAAGUGUGUUAAGAUACACAUCUGAUUUUGUCAAAGCAGCAAUAGUACCUCUAAACUUCCCUCCAGCUCAUUGUCUGAUGAACGUAGGAGAUGCAUGCUGGAGCAGAAAUAUAACCAUAAGCAUUUUCACUUGACAAAUAUUUGACUUAUUUUCAUUAUUGCAGCAACAUUUUUUUAAUGUGUUUGUUAAUACUAUAUUAGUUCACGUCCAUGAUAAUUGAUUAUAUAGUCAUUUUUAUUCUGUAUUGUAAUGACAUAUAUGUAUGCCUCCUGGGUGGAUUCAGAGGGUGUUUUUGUGAUGUUUGUUGGUCCCUAAUUAUCAUUUGUAAAAGAGCAAAGUAUUUUGCUAAUUGCACAAGACCAAAACAAGUGAAAAACACAAAGAAAUAAACCCAUCGGAGUAAGAAAGAACCUAUGCAAAGCAAA